CUUGUAGCCACUAGGACCCAGCAGUCUGUUCCCGUUUGCCUUAGUCCCGCAUUGCAUCGGAGCAGAAGGUGUGGGGCACCUGAAGAAGAGCCUGUAGCCCUGCCUUGGGCUAAGUCACAACUGACCGAGCUCUGAGCGUUCAGGCUGUGAGCACGGAGGGACGUGAACUUUCGCCUGCCUGAGGACGGGCUGGGCCUCGAGCGAGCGCUGGCCGAGUUGACUGCGGAGACCAACUUACCGGUGGUGUUUGUGAAACGGAGGAAGCUAGGCGGCCAUGGUCCAACCCUGAAGGCUUAUCAGGAGGGCAGACUUCAAAAGCUACUAAACAUGAAUGGCUCUGAGGAUCAUCCCGAGUCCUAUGACUAUGACCUCAUCAUCAUUGGAGGGGGCUCAGGAGGACUGGCAGCUGCUAAGGAGGCAGCCAGAUAUAACAAGAAGGUAAUGGUCUUGGAUUUUGUCACUCCAACCCCUCUAGGAACUAGAUGGGGUCUCGGAGGAACAUGUGUGAAUGUGGGUUGCAUACCGAAGAAACUAAUGCACCAAGCAGCGCUGUUAGGACAAGCCCUGAGAGACUCUCGAAACUACGGAUGGAAUGUCGAUGAGAUGGUUAAACAUGACUGGGGAAAAAUGACAGAAGCUGUACAGAAUCACAUUGGCUCUCUGAACUGGGGCUACCGGGUGGCUUUGCGGGAGAAGAAAGUCACCUAUGAGAAUGCAUAUGGGCGGUUUGUUGGUCCUCAUAGGAUUAAGGCAACAAAUAACAAAGGCAAAGAAAAAAUCUAUUCAGCAGAGAGAUUUCUCAUUGCUACUGGUGAAAGGCCACGUUACUUGGGCAUCCCUGGUGACAAAGAAUACUGCAUCAGUAGUGAUGAUCUUUUCUCCUUACCUUACUGCCCGGGUAAGACCCUGGUAGUCGGAGCAUCCUAUGUUGCUUUGGAAUGUGCUGGAUUCCUUGCUGGCAUUGGUUUAGAUGUCACUGUUAUGGUACGGUCCAUUCUCCUUAGAGGAUUUGACCAGGACAUGGCCAACAAAAUUGGUGAACAUAUGGAAGAACAUGGUAUCAAGUUUAUAAAACAGUUCGUACCAAUAAAAGUUGAACAAAUUGAAGCAGGAACACCAGGCCGGCUCAGGGUGGUAGCUCGGUCCACCAACAGUGACGAAAUCAUUGAAGGAGAGUACAAUACGGUCUUACUGGCAAUAGGAAGAGAUUCUUGCACAAGAAAAAUUGGCUUAGAAGCUGUGGGGGUAAAGAUAAAUGAAAAGACUGGGAAAAUACCUGUCACAGAUGAAGAGCAGACCAACGUGCCUUACAUUUAUGCCAUUGGCGAUGUGCUGGAGGGGAAGCCGGAGCUCACCCCAGUAGCAAUCCAGGCAGGAAGAUUGCUGGCUCAGAGGCUCUAUGCAGGCUCCACUGUCAAGUGUGACUAUGAAAAUGUUCCUACAACUGUAUUUACUCCUCUGGAAUAUGGUGCUUGUGGUCUUUCUGAAGAGAAAGCUGUGGAGAAAUUUGGGGAAGAAAAUAUUGAGGUUUACCAUAGUUACUUUUGGCCAUUGGAAUGGACGGUUCCAUCAAGAGAUAGCAACAAAUGCUAUGCAAAAAUAGUCUGCAAUAUGAAAGACAGGGAACGUGUUGUGGGCUUCCACGUACUGGGUCCCAAUGCUGGAGAAGUUACACAAGGCUUUGCAGCUGCGAUCAAGUGUGGACUGACCAAACAGCAGCUGGACAGCACCAUCGGAAUCCACCCCGUCUGUGCAGAGGUGUUCACAACUCUGUCGGUGACCAAGCGCUCUGGGGGCAAUAUCCUGCAGGCUGGCUGCUGAGGUUAAGCCCCAGUGUGGAUGCUGCUGCCAAGACUCCAUAACACUGGUGUUUCCUCGCCCAAAUCCAAGGUGAAGUUUUCAAGAAGGUUCUUGGGCUUCGACACCUGUGUGUCCUGUGCUUACAUCAUCCAAGGCCCCCUUGGAUCCCCUGGGUAGGAGGCGGUGAAUGGAAGGCAAGCAGCAUCACACUGGGGUCACCAUGGCGGACUCGAAACUGACCUUCGGCAGUGCAUCGGAGGGUGCGUCCAUGAAGUCACUGGCCUCAAGCCUGCGCGGUGGGCCGUGAUGGAACAACUGGCGAAGCAGUUUCAGCACAACUCUUCCUUUGUAGGUUUUCUGGUCCUCUUUGUCAGGCUUCUAAUGUUGAUUAUUGUUUUCUGUUUUCUCCAAGGUGUUAAUGAUACUAGAGAUGAAAAAUGUUAGCACUCGAUUUUUGUCCAAAGCAAGUCAUAGCCCGAGUAUGCACGUAAGGUGCCUUGUUGCUUGGGAGGCCUGAUUUACUCCCUGAGCGGCUAAUGAUAGGCUUGUCCCAUGAACGAGAACUACCAUGGGACUCAAAUGUUCUGUUCUACUCAACUGACCUGUUUAGCCUUGUCUCCCCUAAUAAGUCAUGUGUUCUAGCAAGUAAACAUAUGAUUGGUGAGAUUAGCCCCCGUGUGCUGCAUCACUAUCAGUUCUAGUUAAGAAAAAGGAAAAGGCUGCUUGACCAGCCUACUGGGGGCGACAUUCCCCUGCAUGGAACUUAGUAGUCUGGUAUGACUUCCAUCGUUAUUCAUGACGGAGGCAGACAUACACCUUAAAUGUGAAAAACAGCAGAAGUCUUCAUUUGGUUUAUUGCGUGCUGGUUUAGUGAGCUGAAACACUUUAACACUUGUUUAAAGCUUUUUUUGGGUAACUUCAGCUUUAAGCUAAAAAUACAAAAUAUCACAGCUUUAUUUUUCAUGUAUAUUAUGUAUCUGUCCCUUCCUAAGAACUACAUUUAUAGGAAAAUAAUUCUUUCUACACUUAACAAUUUAACUGUUUUGUGGUAAUUACUCUUUUAAGGAAGUUGUUAAUGUUAUAAGUUAUAUUUUUUAACACAGGUGGAUGUGAAGGAUUUUUGUUUAAAACCAAAUGGUUUUGAUAUCUUCUGUUGAAUGAAUGACUAUACCUGGUGGGAUUUUGGCAGAAGUGUUUAUUAUGCUUCGCUUGCAUUCCACCUUGUAUUAGUAUGGAGAGGCAUUGACUCCACAGUUCUAGAUUCUUGUGUGAAUGCGCUAAGGAUCAUAUUCAGGCCAUCUUCUCACUGUAAGUUGGAUUCCAAACACAUGUUGUGGACAUCAGGCCUCCCACCAGCGGUCACUAGAGCUCCUUUUCCAUUACCUCCCCUUCUCAUGUUUCUCAGCUACAACGCCAAGUAGUCGAUUCAAAGUACAUUUCUUGGUCACCUCAGGGAACUCAUGCUCCUGCUGCGCGUUCCGUUGGCAGAGCACCUAACCCUGUCCCACAGGACUCUGCCUCACGCCCUUGUCCCACCUGCGUAUACGACAAAUAUGAGAAAAGGAGAAAGGGCGAGGGGAAUCAAGGCAGUUGGCUGUGUGGAGUUUUAUUUAUUUUUUAAAAUUUGUUUUGUCUCCAAGUCUGCCAGUCCCUGAAAUUAGAACAGAGGCAGUGUGAGGCUGUUGUGCUGAAUCAUGUGGUUCUCUCUCUACUUAGCAGAAUGGAAGGUUCUGCCCCCACAAGAAGGAUCAUACUUAAUGGACUUGCCUGGCUCAGAUUCUGUAAUUGCCCAAUGUAUUGAAACAUGAAGUUCCAUGCUUUUUUUUUGUUGUUGUUAUUCUUUUAAAAAAAAACAAUGUGAACCAUUAAAAGGUAUUGA